AUGGGUUUGGGACAAAAAAAAUCGAAAUCAAGAGGGAAAGUAAAAAAUAGAGCUAUCAGAAAGGUUGUAAAAACUAAAAGAAGGACAAAAGAUUUUGAUACAGUGAAAUCUGACUUUAUAAAAGGAGUGGACCUACUAAUAGAUACCGAUUUACCAGGAAAAGGACAAUACUACUGUAUUAGCUGUGCUCGUUACUUUAUUGACAAUAAUUCAUUAGAAAAUCAUAACAAAACAAAAAGUCACAAGAGAAGUUUGAAGAGAGUAAUUACUGAAGAACCAUGGACUGAAGAUAACUCUUUAUAUGCUGCAGAGAUGACAAAGUAG